UGCUACCAGGACGAAUGGGUGUUGUUAAUUACUUUUAAUAUCAUCAGAAACCAUUCUGCUAUAGGCUUCAGCCCGGGGUAUACCGCUCUAUUAUCCCUCUGUGGUAGACCUAGAGUUGAAACUGGGUAGGCUAAAGAGGCGGCAUUGGCGAUUUGAGGGAAUACAAGCGCAAUAAUAAUGGAAAAAAUACAAGACCAAACCUGUCCUAUUUGUCUUGAAAACAAAGAAGAUUUAAGAAUGUUACCAUGCUGGCAUGUUGCUUGUAUGAAUUGUAUACUCAGCAUGGCACAACGUGGUGAAGGAAGAGCUGUGAAAUGUCAUAUCUGCAGACAAAUAUGUUUAUUUGAAAAUAUUCGUUACCUUCCCAAACCUUUAAGAUGUGGAUGUUGCAAUCAAUUCCUGAAAUGUUCAAAAAUUAUGCCAUGUUGUUCAAAACUGUACUGCGUCGAUUGCAUCACGAGGAAAUCAACAGAGAACGACGCUCAGUUGACUUGCCCAGGUCGUUGUCCACGCGAUUUCAACAGCGUCGAUGAAUUGCCACAAUCGAAGUUAUGUAGUUCGUGUCUCCACUUUCAUUCCGACGAUACGACAUUGGGUGAUUACUCAAUUUGUGCCAGAUGUGACCAGAAAGUACGGGAAGACAUAAGAUGUGCAUGUUGCAAUCAAUUCCUGAAAUUUUCAAAAUUUAUGCCAUGUUGUUCAAAAUCAUACUGCCUCAAUUGCCUCACGAAGAAGCCAACAGGAAAAGAUGCUCGGUGGUGUCCAGGUCGUUGUCCACACGAUUUGAACAGCAUUGAUGAAUUGCCACAAUCGAAAUUAUGUAGUUUGUGUUUCUGUUUACAUUCCGACGAUGCUUUAUUGUGUGGUCACACAGUUUGUGCUGAAUGUGACCAGAAACUACAGAAAGAAAAAAGGGGGUGUCCCUUGUGUUCGGCAGUAAAAAGUCCAGCGCCGAUACCGACGGAUCCAAUUCAGCCAGUCCAAGGCCAAAUUGAAAUAACCAUGGAAGGAUUGGAAAAUUCAAAUUAUCGACCACUUCAACAAAAUCGUAUGGGAUUUUUCGUUCCUCCGCACACACUAUCCUAAUUCAACAAUUGAACCGAUCUCAUGAUCAUUCCAUGAUACAGGAUCGGGACGAAUUGUUAAAAGCAUUCUGCAUUUACACAUGCGCCUUUGUAGCUGUGUAUUUCUAUGGAAUGAGUCUCAUGUUUUGGAUUAUCCUGGGAGCAUCAAUGCUAGUCACGAGACCUCAUCUCCUAACUGCUGCACCCAUUUGCAACCUCCUUGAAAUAGGAAUCAUGAUAUUUACUUUCUACAGCAAUUUCUAUCAAUUUAUCAUUUUUACCAUAAUUAAAAUAUUGUUAGUUGGACUUCUAGAAAUAAUGUACCGAAUCGCGUUUAAUGAAAUGGCCUUCUAUCAAAAACUUCUUCAUUCGUGGGUUGGUGCUGUAAUAAGGCUUGCCAUAGCUUUGUCCUUUUUUGAUGAGUUGUUCGUUCACUCUGUGCUGUCUACAUGGCUUGCUUGGAUUUUGCAAGAUAAAAUUGAGUACAAUUUACAAAGCAUACAAAUCUAAUGAAUAUCUUUGAUUUUGAAAUAAAUAUGAUGCUUUCAUUAAAA